ACACUACAAUUACCAAACCAAAGAAACUACUUAUUUUUAUCGAACUAAUAAGAAACUAAUUGGUCAAGCUUUAAAACCGGUCAUUAAAAAGAAACAUUACCGACUAGGCACUAGGUCUUUAAGCUCCCAACCAAUAUUAGAUUUAACCAGAGCAAACCCCAACCAUACUUAUUCUUUACACCCACCCUCAACUAAAAAAGUCUGUCGUGAUUUCCAAGAGUUCUUAAUCACCCAUUUACUUUUACUCUCCAAGACUGCUACCUUCGUUAAAACUCCCCUCGAAUUAGAACAUGUCCCCAAAGAGGAUAAUAAGUGUAAUGGAGAUGUUUACCACCAUUUCCAAACCAAGUUAAUUCUCAAUUUUACUUUUAGCUCUGAAAAUGUUGAAGCAGUAAAGAAGUUUUGA